AUGGGUCCAAAGAAGGUGGUGGUACUCUCUGGAUAUGAGACAGUGAAAGAUGUCCUGGUCAAUUACAGUGAUCAAUUUGGGGAACGAUCUCAAGUGCCUAUAUUUGAAAGACUUUUUGAAGGAAAAGGACUUUUGUGCCAUUGUAAAACUGAAGAAUUGCAAGUCAAGCUAUCAUACUUCGGGGACUGUCUGUACCACUCAAAGGAACCAGGACUUGAAGAAAAGGGUGAUUCCAAAGCUGGAACAAGAUUGCUACAGCUAUGUAAAACCCUUAAUGUCACUCCCAAAAAGCUGAAAGAUUUAACUAACGUGUCAAAUCUACUGAAAAUGGAAAGAGCACAGCACAGAGCUAAUGAAGAAGGUCUGGCAUUAUUGCAGGAAGAAGUAGAUAAAAUAGUAGAAACCAUAGAGUCAAUGACUGGGAAUAUUCAGAGCCUAAAGAACAAAAUUCAAGUUCUGACAAGUGAGGUGGAAGAAGAGGGGGAGAAAGUAAAACCGAUGUUUCAAAUAGAUAGUGGGAUCCUCUGUCUUCCAGAAUUUUCUCAGAAGAGUCUCAAAGCACCCACACUUCAGAAAGAAAUGUUGACAUCAAUUCCAAACCAUAAAGCUCUGCUGAGAGACUUAGACUCAUCCCAGAUAAAGAAUAUGUUAACUUUCAUCGAAGAAGCCUAUAAGAGACUGGAUGCCCUUUAA